UCAAAGUACCAUUGGACUUGUGAUUUAUUGUUUAACAUAAUAUUUAAUAUGUUUUCUUUCGACACGGGUAAACGGGUAUGGGACCGGAUAACGGUAAUUGACGUGUAUUAUUUAAUACCAUAUCAGUCAAAAACUCGUGAACACUUUUAUAACUAAUCUCAUGCCGGGCCAUAUACAUGUCUCGUUAUCUGUCAUGAAUUUUUUGGUUCGGGUUUCUCUGUCAUCCCUAAAUAGGAAUAUACAGAAAUCUCGGGUCUUUGGCCCGUUUUUGCAACUCGUUGUAAGUAAGUCUAUUAAAGUUUUAAUAUAACGUGCAGACGCAAAUCAUGAAGGAGUAUCCAGCAGAAUUGACAGUGGUGUUCUUUUACAACUUAAUAGUUAGCCUUUUGGCUGCAAUUGUGGGGGCUUUUACUGAACCAGAUUCAAGUGCUUGGCGGAUCAUGCCCGAUAUAGCCUUAGCCUCGAUUUUGUGUUCGGGUGUGCUUGGUUCAUGCUUGAAUAACAGUGUCCACACAUGGGCAUUGCGCGUAAAGGGGCCAUUAUUUGUGGCAAUGUUUAAACCGUUAUCGAUUGCUAUAGCAGUUGCCAUGGGUGUUAUGUUCCUAGGGGAUGACCUUUAUCUUGGAAGUGUGAUUGGAGCAACCAUAAUAUCGAUUGGGUUCUACACGGUAAUGUGGGGCAAAGCACAAGACGAUGAAGUUAUGAACUUGAAAGGGCCGGUGAUGGGUAGGGGCAAGUAG